CAACAACUCAGAACAUUGAAGGAGCUCCGCCCUCUUUCCUCUGUAAAACUGUUACCAUGGCAACGGAAACCUCAUCCAAACAUGACCACAUGUCCUGCAAAGAUCUGAUCCAGUCAGGAUCUCCUGCUAUCUUCCAGCUGAGACCAAAGAAAGAAACCAUGGGAACUCUAAGAACAAUGACUCUUGGUAAAAGAAAUUCACACAAGAUAAACAAAACCAUCUUACUUGUGGGUGAAACAGGAACAGGAAAAUCUAAACUGAUCAACGCUCUGGUGAACUACGCCAUGGGAGUGAAGUGGGAGGAUGAUGUCUGGUUUCAGAUCGUAGAGGAGGAGGAGAGUCAAUCAGAGAGUCAGACAUCAGAUGUGAUGGUGUACCAGAUCUUUGGUUUUGAAGGUGAAACUCUGCCCUACUCUCUGACCAUCAUCGAUACUCCUGGAUUUGGAGACACCACUGGCACCGAACAAGAUGUGAUCGUCAGUCAACGAUUAUUUGACCUGUUUUGCUCAAAAGCAGUUCAUCAGAUAAAUGCGGUGGGUCUGGUGCUGAAAGCCAGUGAGAAUCGACUGAGUGACCGACUGAGGUACAUCUUUGAGUCUGUGGUGUCUCUGUUUGGAAAAGACAUGGAGAAGAACAUAGUCGCCCUGAUCACACACUCAGAUGGAAGAAAACCUACAAAUGUUCUGAAAGCACUCAAGAAUGCAAACUUUAAGUGUGCCAGAAAUGAUAAGAAUCAGCCUGUCCACUUCCAGUUUAAUAACUGCCAGGAGGAAGACAGGUCAGAGGAGCAAGAAGAACUUCAACAUGCAGAUAAAAUAUCAAUGAAAGGCAUGAGUCAGUUCACAGACUUCCUGGAAAAAACUCCACCUCAAAAGCUGGAAAAAACGGUGCACGUUCUGAUUGAGCGAAUCAGACUGGCAGCCUGCAUCAACAACCUGCAAGAGAGGAUCGAGUUCGUUGAACUGAAACAAGAAGCAGUCAAUGAUAAUCAGGAGCGUCUGAAUAGAUAUAAACAAGAGAUGGAGGGCAAUAAGGGAUUUACUAUAGAAGUAGAGGAGGUCUACAAAGUAAAAAGAGCAGUCAACAGAGAGAGGAGGUGGUGGUGGCUUUGGUUAAACUACGGAGGAGCAGUCUGCUGUACUGUCUGUGAGGAGAACUGCCACUAUCCAUGCACACUGACCUGGUAUCCAGAAUACUGUGAGGUCAUUAAAGAUGGCCGCUGCACUGUGUGCACUGGGAAGUGUCCUGAAUCAGUUCAUGUGAAAGAACAGCAAUGCCUUACAUGUGAGGGAGAGUGUCGUGAUUCAACACAUAAAACUUUCUGGAUCUAUACGACCGAGACAAGAACAGUUCAGAAGACCGAGCAACAAAUGAAAGAGAAAUAUGAAAAGGGCAAAGCAGAAAGUGAGGAGUCAACAGACCUUUUGGAAAAUCUGAAGAAGGAAAUAGAAGAACUUCAGAAGGAAAAGGAUGAGUGUCUGGAAGAGGCCUAUCAGCAUGUCCUCAGUCUGGAGAAGAACGCCCUGAAUGCUAAUUCACUGUCAACUCAUGUCCACCUGGACUUCCUGAUUGAGAAGAUGAAGGAGAAAGGAGACAAAGAGAAGGUCCAGAAACUGGAAGAGAUGAAAAAACAAAUGGAUGAAGAUAAAGGAUUCAAAGCAGCGGCGUGGUACGGGUUUGGCAAAACAGCAGCUAAAGCAGCAUUUCAGAAAGUAAAACAGACUGAUUGUGAGCAGACAGCUGUGUAG